CGCUGUUGGAAAAACGUUGGCGAGCAUGACGGUUUUUCGCCCUUGCAUUGACCUCCAUGAAGGUCAAGUGAAACAGAUUGUAGGGGCAUCUUUGAGCGAUUCUGCACCCUCCGUUCUCAAGACGAACUUUGUCGCGAGCCAUCCACCGUCAUAUUAUGCAGCUCUCUACCGCCAAAACGGUCUCAACGGCGCACAUGUGAUUAAACUGGGGCCAAAGAAUGACGAGGCAGCAAAGUCCGCUCUCACAGCGUGGCCCAAAGGCUUGCAAAUUGGUGGAGGUAUCAAUAUUGAUAACGCCCAGGAAUGGCUGGAUGCGGGUGCAGAUAAAGUGAUUGUAACAAGUUGGCUAUUCCCGAAUGCAAAGUUCAGCAUAGACCGUCUCCGUGCACUUGCCGAGAAAAUCGGUAAAAAGUCUUUAGUAGUAGAUCUGAGCUGCAAGAGACGAGGCGACAAGUGGAUAGUAGCCAUGGACAAAUGGCAAACACCCACGGAUACAGAAGUCAAUAAAGAAACGUUGGACAUGAUAACCGAAUACUGCAGCGAGUUCCUGGUUCACGCUGCAGACGUAGAGGGGCUAUGUCAAGGCAUUGAUGAGGAACUUGUUCGACGUCUGGGCGAAUGGUGUACCAUACCUUGUACCUACGCGGGGGGAGGGAAGGAUAUCAACGAUUUGGCGCUGGUGCAAAGGCUGUCGAACGGAAAAGUAGAUUUGACCUAUGGAAGCGCACUGGACAUUUUUGGGGGCACAGGUGUACGAUUUGAUGAUGCAGUGGAAUGGAACAGAACGAGUCGUGCGUAGGCAUCAAACAAUAGUGUUCAUUUUAAUACAUUGUUACGCUUCAAAGCAUUUGGACGAAAUGUUUUGUUCUCAAAGUGAUAUAUAUUUACACAAGGCUAUUUACAAACAUGCCAAUCACCCAAAUCCAUACAACAGGG